AUGGCCUCGCUUGCCGUCCUCCCGCUGCUUUUAUUCCACCGUGAAGAGUUUUUGAGCUUUGUGUCGAUUGGCCGCGUCGAAUACCCUUUCCUAACCCCGAUGGACGAAGCGUGUAUCGCUGCUCUCGGGACAGCGUUGUCUACUAUCGGCACAGUCUACAUGCUGAUAGAAACCGACCGGAAGAAGCGCGGGUUACUCCCUUCCGAUUACACCUUGAGCAAGAGAUAUCAACUUUAUGCAAACGUGAAAGCAGCAAAGAUCUGUGCAACACUGGCAAUCUACGCCGCGGUGAUGAACGUGCUUUUCUGCAUAAUUUUCGUGCUGAAUCGAUACGCAUUUUCGUGGUAUUGGAAGAAUAUUCUGGGCGUUACGAUCGGGGUGCACAACGCCUUUUACACCUGGUCUAUGACGUUUAUGGGCUAUCUGGCGAGCCCGAAAAUGAUGAGGAUUGCGCGGGAUAUUGCCGUGAAAGAAAUCCAGCGACUAUUAAAAGUCGGCGAGGUCGGCGAACGCAAAGCGGCCCAACGUGUUGCUGUUGGCAUCAAUGGAAAAGAGCUCUACCUCGGCGCCAAGCAGGAAGACUACUUUGCUCAACUCGACGCUCAGUGGGCUUUUCAGCCCAGGGCGAAGACUGCA